UUAAAUAUCUUCUUUGGUUCAGACAAGUAUUUACUACAAAAUGUGAGUGUUUCAGACUUAUUCACGAAUACCUUAUUCGAUAAUUGACAUUUAUUUUAUAGGUUAUCUUCUAUAAUUUUAUAAAAGCAGCAAUUUCAUUACACUGCAUAAAAAUAAAAUAGAUCAAUAUAAUUCAUUAAACUCCGCAACUUUACUAAGAAUAAUGUAACAAUCGUACCCUGCGUGAACAAAUAAAACAAUAAGUAACUCAUUACUUGGAGUGGCGAAGUUCGUUUAUAAGUAGUCAAAUGAAGUUAGAACAAAUACAUAGUCAAAAUCUUAUUUUCUAAUGUUGAUACAACUGCGCAACCAGUCUAAAGUGUAAUAAUAUCUAGCCGAAUCUGUUACAUUAAAAACUCAGCUCUCAAUAAAAUAUGAUCAGUUUGUAAUGACAAAAAAGUGGCGUAAAGCGGUCAGUGGCCUUCUGGCAGUGAGUGCGGUGCGCGUAAUUCGCACCAGAUAACCCCCUCCAAAGCAAAUGCCCCUUGGAGGUAGUUUGUGCGAAACGGACCUUUCUCUCUUAGCGGACAGUGACAUAGUGACCGUGUUGGCGGCGGAGGGCUCGUGCCAUGCACCACUACAGCGUGGUAAUGCCACUGUGGGUCGUGGCGUACCUCAUGGCCGCGUCGCUCGCGAUGACUGCGACCGCCGCCCGCCGCGGACACACGGACCUCACAUUCGCCGAGUCCGUCUACGCAAAGCUAUCCGGUGCAUGUAGAGCGAUUCUGGAUUUACGAUACGGUUCUAUGAGUGACCAAAGUGAUUUAAUAAAAACUAUGAAGAUCGUUCAACUGGAUGGAACAACUAUCAGAAAUUUUCCAAUAAACGAAGCAUACACAAGCCUAACCAAAGAUGGAAUAUUUGAUAUCAGAAAACAAACUAAAAUAAUUAUUCAUGGAUACAAAGAUAAUUCACAGUCAGAAGUGACUUAUGAUUUAGCUCAAGCUUAUAAUGAGAAAAAAAUGUUUAACGUACUCCUAGUCGAUGCAGAACUGAUGAAUCAAGAUGGAUACAUUUUAUCAGUGCAUUUCGCUCGACUUAUAGGUAAAAGACUUGCAAAUCUUUUAGCAAAUCUUGAAAAUUUUGGAGCAACAGCCGAAGAUUUUCAUCUACUAGGAAUCAGUCUCGGAGCUCACGUGGCUGGCUGGGCCGGGAAAUACUUCCAACAAUAUAAAAUGCAUAACUUAGGCCGCAUUACCGGACUAGAUCCGGCAGGUCCAUGUUUCUCUAACGCCUACAGUAAUGAACGGUUAGAUCAAAGCGAUGCCACUUACGUGGAUAUACUGCAUUCAAACCGAUUAAUACAGGGAAUAAUUGAACCUGUAGGACAUGCUGACUUUUACAUCAACGGUGGAGGGCCGAACCAACCGGGGUGUUUCAUGCCAACCUGCAGUCAUCUACGAGCAGCGCAAGUUUACACGGAGAGUAUCAGAAUGCCGAAAUCUUACGUCGCGGUUAAAUGUAAAAGUUGGAAACAUUUUGAAUCAAAUUCUUGUGAAAAAGAUGAUUACGCAGUUCUAGGAUAUGGUUCAUCAACAGCAACACGUGGACUUUAUUAUUUACGCACGUUAUCAAAGCCUCCAUUCGGCCUCGGAAUGAAUGGAACCGAAAGCAAAACGCAAGUGACCGAUAGUUGGCUAAAAACUUAUGUGACGUGAACUGAUGUGAUAACCAAGUGCUAGCUCAAUUUCGUUAUGUGUAAUAAAUUGUUGCCAUAUUUUCUAAA